UAGCUUCCUCAAGCCUCAUUUGGCUCUCAUAAACGCUGUUUUACGUUUGGCUGUCGGUUGCUCUCGGUUCUUCCUCGUGCCUCAUCGGUAUUCCUGGGCAAUCCUAGGCGCGCGCCCCCAGUCCAGCAGCAGCAGCAGCAGCAGCAGCGGCGGCCGCGGCACGCGCAUCUUCGGGGAGAGGAAAGGGCAUCUGCAGAGCUCGAGACGCUUCCGAGGAAGAGCGGGAAUGACGCCAUGAGCUCGCGCCGUGUGUGAUGGAGGAAACGUUUUGGUAGUUUUUGGCGCUGCCGUGGCUGAUGUGGAGUCGCGUGAGGAGCCUCAACACCACCAUGAAGCUGCUGUUUGUGCUCGCGCUCUUAUGGCGCGAGGCGCUGUGCGGAUCUCCGAGCGUCCAGAUCGGUGGUUUAUUCCCCAGGGGUGCAGAUCAGGAGUACAGUGCAUUCAGAGUUGGCAUGUUUCAGUUUGGGAUGGCAGAUUUCAGACUUACUCCACACAUAGAUAACCUGGAGGUGGCCAACAGCUUUGCUGUCACUAACUGCUUUUGUUCCCAGUUCUCCCGAGGUGUCUACGCCAUUUUCGGCUUCUACGAUAAGAAGUCGGUAAACACCAUCACAUCCUUCUGCGAGACACUCCACGUCUCCUUCAUCACGCCGUCUUUCCCCGCAGAAGGGAUGAAUCAGUUUGUUCUCCAGAUGAGGCCGGACAUCAAGGGGCCGCUGGUUUCAUUAGUGGAGUACUACAAAUGGGAAAAGUUUGCCUAUCUCUACGAUAGUGAUAGAGGUCUUUCUACUCUUCAGGUAAUACUGGACACUGCAGCAGAGAAGAAAUGGGUGGUCACAGCGAUAAAUGUAGGAAACCUGAAAGAUGAGAGGAAGGAUGAAGCGUACCGCUCCCUGUUUCAGGACCUGGAGAUCCGUAAGGAGCGGCGCAUCAUCCUGGACUGUGAACAAGACAAAGUCAAAGACAUCAUGGAACAGGUGAUCACCAUAGGCAGACACGUGAAAGGAUACCACUAUAUCAUCGCUAACUUGGGUUUUGUAGAUGGUGACCUCUCUAAAAUCCAGUAUGGGGGUGCGAACGUGUCUGGGUUUCAGAUAGUAGAUUUUGAUGAUCCUGUGGUGGCCAAGUUUGACCAGCAGUGGGAGGCCCUGGAAGAGAAGGAGUAUCCUGGAGCUGAUGCACGUAUCAGAUAUACCUCUGCCCUCACCUAUGACGCCGUACACGUGAUGACCGAGGCGUUCCGCUUUCUUCACAAGCAGAGAAUAGACAUGAGUCGUCGUGGCAACAGUGGGGACUGUCUGGCCAAUCCAGCGGUUCCCUGGGCACAGGGGGUGGAGAUUGAACGUGCCCUCAAACAGGUGAGGAUUAGUGGUUUAACAGGGAACAUUCAGUUUGACCAGUACGGGAAGAGAAUCAACUACUCAGUGACAGUCAUGGAGUUGAAAAACAAUGGACCUGUUAAGAUUGGCUAUUGGAAUGAGGUGGAUAAAAUGGUGGUGACAAAGUCCGACCUUUACCCCAACGACACCAUGGGAAUGGAAAACAAGACAGUCAUCGUCACAACUAUACUGGUUUGCAUAGGCAAUGUUCUGCUAAACGCAGAUGAGGAAUUAAACAAAAACUGCAACAUCAAACACAGGGAUGGAAGCCCCUACGUGAUGAUGAAGAAGAAUUCUGAGCUAUUUCAGGAUAAUGACCGUUAUGAAGGUUACUGUGUUGACCUGGCCGCAGAAAUUGCAAAGCACUGUGGUAUACGCUACCAGCUAAAGAUUGUGGGAGAUGGCAAAUACGGAGCAAGAGAUGCAGAAACCAAGAUCUGGAAUGGCAUGGUUGGAGAGCUGGUGUAUGGGAAAGCAGAUAUAGCAGUCGCCCCGCUGACCAUCACUCUUGUCCGUGAAGAGGUGAUAGAUUUCUCCAAACCCUUCAUGUCUUUGGGAAUCUCUAUCAUGAUCAAGAAGCCGCAGAAAUCCAAACCAGGAGUUUUCUCCUUUCUGGACCCACUGGCCUACGAAAUCUGGAUGUGCAUAGUCUUUGCCUACAUAGGUGUCAGUGUUGUUCUCUUUUUGGUAUCCAGAUUCAGCCCCUAUGAGUGGACUCUAGAGGAACCAGAGGACGGAGCGUUGCCGCUGACAACCGAAUCCACCAAUGAGUUUGGGAUCUUUAACUCCCUCUGGUUCUCUUUGGGGGCGUUUAUGCGGCAGGGUUGUGACAUCUCACCAAGGUCUCUGUCAGGUCGUAUAGUUGGGGGGGUGUGGUGGUUCUUCACUUUGAUCAUCAUCUCAUCAUACACUGCUAACCUGGCUGCCUUCCUGACGGUGGAGAGGAUGGUUUCUCCCAUCGAGAGCGCUGAAGACCUGGCCAAACAGACAGAGAUAGCGUAUGGAACCCUGGACUCUGGAUCCACCAAGGAGUUCUUCAGGCGCUCUAAAAUCGCCUUGUUUGACAAGAUGUGGCAGUACAUGAAAUCCGCAGAGCCUUCCGUCUUCGUCAAGAAGACGUCGGAGGGCGUCCUACGUGUCAGGAAGUCCAAAGGGAAGUAUGCCUAUCUGCUGGAAUCCACGAUGAACGAAUACAUCGAGCAGAGGAAACCUUGCGACACAAUGAAAGUGGGAGGAAACCUGGACUCCAAAGGCUACGGCAUCGCCACACCUAAAGGAUCUCCAUUAAGAGUGCCAGUAAACCUUGCCGUAUUGAAACUGAAUGAGCAAGGGACCCUAGACAAGAUGAAAAACAAGUGGUGGUACGAUAAAGGAGAGUGUGGCUUCAAGGACUCCACCAAUAAGGAGAAGACCAGCGCCUUGUCUCUCAGUAACGUAGCAGGAGUCUUCUACAUAUUGGUUGGAGGUCUGGGUCUGGCCAUGAUGGUAGCGCUGGUAGAGUUCUGCUACAAGAGCCGUGCUGAGGCCAAAAAAAUGAAGGUGGCAGCCAACACCUUGUCGUCCCCCCAGCACACAGGAAACUACACACACACUAUGUCGUCUCCUCAACAUGCCCCCAACUUCAACCUGCUGUCCCCCAGCCACCAGCCAAACUACGCCACGUAUAAAGAGGGCUACAACGUUUACGGCAUUGAGAGUGUCAAGAUCUAACUCGGAUGAAAUUCACAGAUGCAAUGCGCUCCAAAGCUCGUCUAUCCAUCACAGGAUCGACCGGCGAGAACGGGCGCGUCCCAGUGGCUUACCUCCGUCCAGGAUUACCCAUGAGCCUCAGCAUGACUGAUCUCUCCUGACCACAUCCGAGCCAGUGCCUUACAGCCAAUCAACACACAUCCUCCCUCCCCCUCUGAAAGUGAGUGGAAAUGCAUGUCAUUUCCUUCGGUGACCAAUUACCACUCACCGUGGGUGAUCUGCCCUGAUUUGCAACCCGGAGUUUAGCCAAUCAUAUCUCUCUGAGGAUCUCUAAGACUGGACAUAUGUUGUCCUCCCUCCACUUGGCUGUCAGGCUUUAGCAAAGACCUGCCUAGUGAGUCCCUCGACCAUCAGCGAGAACGAUUGCUGCUCAUUUACAAUUCAUGAAAAACAAUCAAGCACAGUGGACAGUUUUGUACACAAACACACAUCAUUGUUUUGUAGAUUUUUGCCAGGGAGGCUCUAGAAAGUACAGUUAUGCUGACGUUAAUGCAAUAACAACAUCAAUCAGGGUUGGGAUCAGGAAAAGCAGAAUCUUGGUUUAAAUAAGUUUGAAUGCUAUGAACACAAGUUGACAUCCUGAAAAAUCGCAUCCAUGAACUAAUAGUAAUUGUAAUAGCAAAUGAUGUUAUUGUUCUUAAUUGUUUUCCUUAUUGCUAGCUGAGAAUCCCUAAUAAGUAGAGACUUUUGCCUAACCCAAGAGAUGCAUGGACUGACACACACACACACACACACAUAGACAGACACACACACUAUACACAGGGAUGGGCAAAAAUGAGUCAAAAUGUAUGUUGAUACAAAAUAAUCCUAAUUUAUUUGAAAGCCCCCUUGUGUAGGAUUUUCUGACUUUGACACACAAUGGUGACAUCAACAAAGCAUCAUCAUAUGUAACCUGUGGACGCUGACAACAACAUAUCCAUUGCACCAGUUAGACUCUUUUUUUUUUACAAAAACAAACAAAUAAGCCAUCACAAACGUUUGAGAGACACUCAGUCCUUUACCUUUUUAUGAUGAAUCACUCGUUCUGUAUAUGGACUUAAUAAUCAAACAAAAGCUCGUAAAAAUGUACGAGUAUUCCGAUACAAAUGUACUACUUUAUUUGAUAAGUUAGCAUUUGGUUAAUGGUGUUACUACUGUCCUUAUGAUAUUAACAGCAUCUUAUUAAUAUGUUUUGUGGUGUUUCAACUUAAGUAUUACUGUAAAUGACUUUGACUCACUAGUCUACAUGUGGCUGCCAUCUACGCUUAACACUCUUCUACCAUAUGAUAGUCACAGGGCAGAAGGAUAUUAUAGCACUUAUAGGUCAUGUGAAGUUAGUUUUUUAUUAUCCAGUGUUAACAGCAUUACAUUGAAAGCUCUAGUGCGUAUUGAUAUUAAUGAACGUCGGUUACAUUCUAGUCAUUGCCAAAUGAGUUGCUCCAAAGCUAAUUAUGGACUAUCAGCUCCACACAACUCUGUCUGUAUUUAUCAGUAUGAAGAUCGUGGCGUCUUGUGGUGACUUUCCGGGCAGAAACCCGAGUGAAGAUGAUGACCUUUUGUAAAGACUCCAUCAUGUUUUUUUAAUCCUCCAUGUCCUCCUUGGCUACAAGCAGCUGUGUGGAGGAGGGAAGGGGGCUUGUAUCAUGUGGACCACAGGCAGUGUUGUUGUCAUUACUUAGAAUUCCUCAUGGGGGAGACAGAAACUACGCACUAUAGCUUUAAUGGAUGUAUUUGGUAAGAUAGUACCUAAGGUCAGACACUGGACCUGGAAUAAGUCCCCCAUCAGUGAACACAAGGUAGUGUUUGUGGGUAAGAAAAGCAACCUGCGAUAAACAGGGACAAUAUCUAAGUUGAGUAGAAUAUGACAGAAACCUGCCAACUGUACGUUGCCAAGAAAUGGGAUCCUGGUAGGGGUUACUUUAAAUAAUGUCCCCCAGCUGUAUCUGGUUUAAGUUUCACACUUCAAAGCCCAGUCCAGCUGCAGGGUAUUAUCAAAUAUCAUUUGCUGAGAAAUGUCUCAUUGGGCCCGUCAUCUCUGUCUGCGCAUGACAUCUUACAAGUAGAUACACAACGCAUUAUGGGGAGAGCAAAGAGACUAGAGAGUGUAGUGUGAAUGGCAAUAGCCAAGCUAAUAGUCAACACAGUGCGGUGUGUUCAGGGGCGUCGGCUCUGGUAGAAGGGUGCAAUAACUUGUCUGCUCGAGCCGUGCCGUGUGAUGACAGCAGCAGUUAAUCUACAUUGGCUGUGAAGAUUAGCAUGUGGACAGUUGUAUUUCUUCAAAUUAAAGGUAUUACAUCAGGCUUGCAUGAGACCGACAUGACAACUGACAAAGGCAUCUGUUGUAGUCAGCUGGCUGCCAGCCCAGAUAUCAGUUAUUGUUCUGUCAUUCACAAUAUGCAGAAAGUGUCCAAAUAUUUAUUGAGUGUGGAUACAGUGGGGCUCGAAAGUUUGGGCACCCCAGGUAAAAAUUUGAUGGAAAAGUAUGGAAAUAAAAUCUAACUUUUUUUUACAUAUUAUACUAAUGUCUAAUCUUUCAUUUGAUGCCUUUUGGAGAUUUUUCCAUCUUUUCUUGGCGUUAUGCACAUUAAUACAAAUUAUUACCAGGGGUGCCCAAACUUUCGAGCCCCACUGUAAGUGGCAUUCUGGUCCCAGAAAAAUACAUAGCAUGGCUACUCUCAGGAAGUUUAUACUGUCUUUAGAUUUGCUAAUAUCAGUGUAUUUCACAUUGCAGUUAACAUGUUAAAUAAGCUUCUCACGUAUCUUCAAGGCAAAUGACUGAGUGUGUUUGGCCUGCGGCCAUCAGUAUGCUUUAAUAAGAAUCCUACAGCGCAGCUCAGCCAGAACACAGAUUGAUAUUGAAUGCACACAGUGCACCUUAAUGUGUUAGACAGGCUCAGCACAGAGAAACGUUGUAACACAGUAAGAAGAAAUGCAGCUGAUGUGUCAGGCUGAGGCUUUUACAUAAACUGAGAAAAUGGGUGAAAGUCCAAUGUUACGCAGAAUGGAAAUGUAUUGCAUGGCGUUGAGAAUAAUAACAAGACAGGACUCCUGUAAGUCCCUAGUCUGGCUCCAAAAACUCACAAUCCCCCAGUCAGACAGUCCAACCAGUAGUGGUACUGCAAACUGUAUGAGCCUUCCUCACUGCUGAAUGCCCAUCACCUUCUAUCUACGCCCCUCGUCUGCUGUAGUCUCAUCGAUAACUAUCAUCUAGUACAUAUAUGCUGUACACACACACACACACACACACACACACACACACACACACACACACACACACACACAGCAGCUGGCACUUUAAAGUUAAAGUGCUGUCUUAUUUUCGUUUUAAGUUUUCUCUUUUUUUACAAAAUGAAAAAUUCCAAUUUCAUCUCGCAGUAGUGUUAGCUGACUUUAUUCAAACCAAUACCACUGUUGUUCGCCCAUUCUCUCUGGGGUGCUGGAACGGAUCUAUAAUAAACCAAUCUAAAAAAAUAUCCUUUAAAUCAAACACAGGAUUGACUGCCACGCUUAGAGUCCCAGUUAGCUUCAGGAAACCUUAUGGGAAAAUGUCUCCUCAUUAAACAACUAGAGGAUCAGAAAGAAGAUAAAAGAAUUCACUCAGAGUUUGUUAGUGAGAGAUCCAGUUGUGUCUACCCUAAAAGCCUCCAUCCAAGACAUUUCUUUCUAUAUCUCAAAAAGAAAUGGAACAAUCAGAGAAAUGAGUCUAGUCAGAAAACAUAUACAACUGUUUUCACAUGCUGAUGAGGACUAGUAGUUGAGAGCCAUGUUGCCAUGGUGCCCAGCCCUGUCUAUAGGUCAGUCCACACACAGACACACAGAACAUUGGCACACACGGACUGAUCCCUCAUCACACACACUUCUCCCUAUCAUUUACAAGUGCACAUGCCAAUGGUGUUGCCAUACGAGUUCUGAAGCCAACCGGAUGAUGUGCCAAACAGACUGAAAAACCAAUCAGAGCUCUCCAUGCUCAGCCAAUGGCAGCUGCUGAUUCUGAAACCUGAGCCAAUAGGAGCUCUCACGGCUGUGAGGCGGACAAGAAACUGUGAAUAAAGACUUUCCUUUUAAUAAAUGCACUGCACCGAGGACAGCCACGAAGACGGAGAGUGGACGGAGACAGGACGCCAACGUUUGCAUGUCACUUUGAGUUUUUUCUUUCAGAUGAACUUGUCAGCCUGGCUGCAUUUAGUGUUUAUAAUGAUAGUAAUAAGAAUAAUAUUAACAAUAUUAAUUACAGUACUAAUGUGGUUCUUGUUAUGUAUAGUGUAAGUUUUUAAGAACUCAAGUCUGCGAUUUCCUUUCACCAGGAGGCUGUUCUUUGUGCUGCUAGUUAGAAGCUAACCGGUUAGCUGCCAAAGCUUCUCCUACAACACGACAAAUGGCCGAGACGUUUAAGUGAAGCUGAAAAUGUCAAGGUGUCUACAGCUACUUCCAUUUCUUUUCAUGGAUUCAUAUCAUUUUUGCAAUGACCACAUGUGGUAAUUAUCAUGAGACGUCCAUGAUGUUAAUAUCAAGGCAUAAGGAGCUAGCCCGUAAUGGCUCCACUGAGACAAAUGUGAAAAUGAUCACUCUUCACUUCGCACCUUGCUCUGGUAUCAUUUUAUUUUCUAUUAAACUCAUACAUUUUGACCAAUAUCUUGUUAGUUGCUUUUCAACAGAAAUAUUGAAGUAUUGGACAAAUGGACAACCCAGAACUCUAAGUUCUUUUUGACACAUUACCACAAGUAUUAACAGAUAUUAUAUUUAAAGUUUCUGUGUGAUCUGAGCAUUUUCAGUGUAUAUUUAACAUGCCUGCCCUUUAAAUGUUUUUUUUUCUAAAAACCACACAGAGACAUUAAACGACACUCUAACAUAGACUGUCCUCAAA